GAAAUAAUUACUUCCUCCAUAAAGAUAUAAUUUACUGCCAGAACAGUUCACACUCAAUAAAAAUCGAUAAUUAAAAAUAAAUUAUAUACGUAAACGAUUUCUUAUUACAAUACAAAGUAUCAAUGGAAUCAUGUUUCUGAACAAGAUCUGUGUAGCAACUAUCCUUCUUUCAAUCCACGCUGCGAAUACAUACAUACUUCUAACUGCAAACCUGGAGGAUGUGCACGCACUGGCGAAGCAGAUUGCUGCAUUUCCCAUAGCCCAGCAGCUUCACAAGAUAUUCCGCCGAACUUCCACUAUAUUCAACCAGCAUGCUCAAGGGAAUAGUGAUCCCAAACAAAAGACAUACAUGAAAAGUAAACCCUUGACUGGAGAUACAAGACAGCAGCCGCAGAUGAGGACUGCUCCAAGUUUGGAUGACGAGCCUGACUACUUAAAUAAUGAAAAAGACUUCAGAUACUCUGAUACUGAUGUUGAUGCUCCAAUAGGACCCAAAAAAGAUGUCCCACUGUUGAACGAUGACGAUGAAGUUGAAGUGUGGAAACCAGAUCCAAAAGUAAUAGAAGAAGAGUUGAACGCUAAAAUGCCGGACGACACUUCAAACGAAUAUUCUGAUGAAGAUGUCGGCCAGGUGAAGAGGCGGCGCCAGAUGGGACCGGACCUGGUAACUCUCGGGAAGAAUGCCAGCUUCUAUCUCAAAUCUAUCAAGAAGAUAUUCGAGAACAUUUAGCUUGUAAUAAAAGUAUUAGAAUGUGGCAUUCAUUGAU